AUUAUCAGAGUCCAUCACCCGUACGCAGGAGCCCGUUGUUCUGCCUCGCCCGGAAGUUCAGCGGACUCGGUCUUUACCCCAUAAAAGACCGUCAACAGCCAAGAUAGCCAACCAACCACUUACCUGCACCUGAACAACCACCUUUACCGUCAACAUGACUACCAACGGUAUCAACGGCACCAACGGCGCUCAUGCCAACGGUGAUGGACAUAUCAACACCACCCCCAAGACUUUCGUUGUCAACUCCCCCAACGUAGUCUACACCGACGAGGAGAUUCGCUCCAAGUACACCUACCGCACCACCCUGUGCACUGUCGAGGGCGACAACUAUGUCGCCGUCCCCAAGGAGACUGUCUACGACUUCAAGGUCGACAGAAAAGUCCCCAAGACCGGUCUGAUGCUGGUCGGCUGGGGUGGCAACAAUGGCACCACCGUGACAGCCGGCAUCCUCGCCAACAAGCACAAGUACAGCUGGGCUACCAAGGAGGGUACCCAGGAGGCCAACUACUACGGCUCCGUCAUCAUGGGUUCCACCAUCAAGCUCGGCAUCGACGCCAAGGGCAAGGAUGUCAACGUUCCCUUCCACAACGUCCUCCCCAUGGUUCACCCCAACGAUCUCGUUAUUGGCGGCUGGGAUAUCUCCGGCAUGCCCCUCGACAAGGCCAUGGAUCGCGCCAAAGUCCUUCAGCCUACCAUGAAGGAGCUUGUUCGCGAGGAGAUGUCCAAGAUGGUCCCCCUGCCCUCCAUCUACUACCCCGACUUCAUUGCUGCCAACCAGGAGGACCGUGCCGACAACGUUCUCCCCGGCUCCAAGGCCUCCAUGGAGCACGUUGAGCAGAUCCGCAAGGACAUUCGCGAGUUCAAGGCCGCCAACGGCCUCGACAAAAUCAUUGUCCUCUGGACUGCCAACACCGAGCGUUACGCCGACUUGAUUGACGGCGUCAACGACACCGCUGACAACCUCCUUAAGUCCAUUGAGGCCGGCCACGAGGAGGUCUCCCCUUCCACCAUCUUCGCCGUUGCCUGCAUUCUCGAGAGUACUCCCUUCAUCAACGGCUCCCCCCAGAACACCUUCGUCCCCGGCGCCAUCGAGCUUGCCGAGAGACACGGUGCAUUCAUCGGCGGUGACGACUUCAAGUCCGGCCAGACCAAGAUGAAGUCUGCCCUGACCGACUUCCUCAUCAAUGCCGGCAUCAAGUUGACCUCGAUUGCGUCCUACAACCACCUGGGCAACAACGACGGCUACAACCUUUCCUCGCAGAAGCAGUUCCGCUCCAAGGAAAUUUCCAAGUCCAACGUGGUCGACGACAUGGUGGCCGCCAACAGUGUCCUGUAUAAGGAGGGUGAGCACCCCGAUCACACCGUUGUGAUCAAGUACAUGCCCGCCGUCGGCGACGACAAGCGCGCCCUUGACGAGUACUACGCCGAGAUCUUCUGCGGCGGUCACCAGACCAUCUCGCUCUUCAACGUGUGCGAGGACUCUCUCCUUGCCUCGCCCCUGAUCAUCGAUCUCGUCGUCAUCACCGAGAUCAUGACCCGCAUCCAGUGGAAGGCUGCUGAGGCCGGCGCCGCUGCCGAGAAGGACUUCAAGCACUUCCACAGCGUCCUGAGCGUCCUCAGCUACAUGCUCAAGGCCCCCCUCACUCCGCCCGGCACUCCCGUCGUCAACGCGCUUGCCAAGCAGCGUGCUGCCCUUACUAACAUUUUCCGCGCUUGCGUCGGUCUCGAACCUGAGUCUGACAUGACCCUUGAGCACAAGCUCUUUUAGGCUGUCAAGUGUCAAGCAUGCGCGGCUGCAAGCAUAUUCUUGAGUGGAGGAUUUAGAGAUCCGAGCUUUUAGAUGGAGGGAUUUUGGGGUAAUGCG